AUGUUAAAGAAAUCAAAACCUAGAAAUGUUGAUCGUCCAGAAUUUCACAUUGUAAAACAUAUCGGCUAUUUUGAUUAUGGUUCACGGAUAUUGACCUGUGAUCACACUGUCCCUCCGGAUCGGUAUAAUGAGAGAGCGGAAGAGCAUUUACGAUUAACCGGGUUUUACCAUGUCACCCAGUUUGGAGUGGUGCAAUGUCAGAAAGCACUGAUAAAUGCUUUAGUGGAAAGGUGGCACCCGGAUACACAUACCUUUCACCUUCCGGUUGGUGAAUGUGCGGUGACACUGAAAGAUGUGGCUAUGAUAUUUGGUCUUUCGACUGAUGGUCUUCCAGUGACAGGGAUGACUUUGAGCAGUUUUGACGGCUUAGAGGCAGAGUGUCUGCACCAAUUUAGGGUCUCACUGAGAAAGUUGGAUUGUCGAGGAAGCGGCAUAAAACUGACGUAG